AUGGCGAAAGCUGCAGUAACAAGAAUAAACGAGGCCGUGGACAACGAUUCACAAGUCCUUGCUUCGUUUGGACUCUGCCGGGAUGGAAACGGCCUUAUAUGCUGGACUACUGACAGCCAUGACCAUCCCCGCAAAUGGAACGCCCGCACGAAGAUUUACACAAUAUCACUCAUCAUACUGUUGGAGUUAUUCACGACUGUCAUCAGCACCACCGGGGCUGCUGUGGCCCACGAAGCUGGACCUAGUUACGGAUUAGGAGAAAUGCAAGCACUUGUUGCAUUCGUUUCAAUGUAUCAAUUCGGCCAAGCCGUCGGCGGCUAUCUGAUCCCACCGGUAUCUGAGCUCGCUGGUCGGUGGUGGCCGUACUUUCUCUCGACCAUGGUGUUCAGCGCGUUCUGCCUCGUGAUCCCACUGGGGAAUCAUGUAGCUGCGGUCUACGCUGGGCGUUUUGCGACGGGUCUGGCAUCAGCUGUGCCAUCGGUGGUCAUCGCCGGAAGCAUCGAGGACCUGUUUAACAGCCGGGAGCGGGUGUGGGCAGUGAUCUGCUGGAACUCGAUGACGACGAUUGCGCUGUGCCUGGGGCCUAUCUAUGCUGCUCACAUCAUACCUUCUGCUGGCUGGCAGUGGGUGUACUACAGCGCGAGCAUCUGUACGCUAGUCAUGUCUCUAGCACUGCUUCUCAUGAAGGAGAGUCGGCCGAGUGUCAUCCUGGGUCGCAAGAUCCGCGUGCUGCGCAAAACAACAACGUUGGCUGAUCUGCGCUGGACCAACGCAGACUUGGCGCAGGACUGGAGAGCAUGGGGCAGGCUCGUGCUGGUCCGCCCGAUGCAUAUACUUAUGACGGAGCCAUUGGUGAUGCUGGUAGCCAUUACGUCGGGGCUGUCCUGGAGCGUGGUGUACCUCUUCACCGAGUCGGUCGUGCGCGUCUACAGCUCGAUGGGCCUUGGCGACUCGGAGUCGUCGCUGGCUUUCUUGUCCCUGGCAGCCGGCGUGCUGGUGACGCUUGCUCCCCGGUUCGCAGACACGAGGAGGAUUGAGAGCCUGCAGGCCGCAGGGAAACACAUUGAACCUGAGGACAAGAUGCAGGGCUUCGCGUAUGCGGCGCCAGCGCUGACGGGCGGGCUUGUGUGGUUCGCAUGGAGCGUCCCGCCAGCCGCAGUAGGCGUGCACUGGGUGGUGCCAACUCUGAGCCUGGUACCUAUCGGGUAUGCAGUCAAUGAGACGGCGCAUGCGCUGAGCGGGUUCCUGGCCGACUCAUAUGUGCUGUACAGCGCGUCCGUCUUCUCGGGGCUGGCGUUGGCUCGGGCCGUCAUCUCGGGCGUGAUGCCUCUGGUGGCCCAUGAGCUGUACGUCCGCCUCGAUGCCAACCAGGCAGGGUCCGUUAUCGCAGCCCUGUCACUUGUCUUUGCUGCCGCGGCCGUCGUAUUCCUGCGCUGUAGCAAGGCCCUGCGGCGCCGCAGCCCGUUUGCCACCUACAGCAUAGCCAUGCACGAGGCCACACAGGUAGAGCUGGACUGA